GACAAGUGUCGCCAUACGAAACACAUCAGGCAAAUGUACAGGCAAACGAGAGCUUCGUAGAAGCAAGCAAGAGAGAAGAACAGAUAGAAGAGAGCGAGAUGGACUCGCCGUUCAAGGCUGAUGCGGUGAAAGGGAAGGUGGCUCUGAUAACCGGAGGUGGGUCAGGAAUCGGGUUGGAAAUGUCGACCCAAUUCGGCAAACAUGGAGCCUCCAUUGCCAUCAUGGGCCGCCGGAAGCAAGUGCUUGACUCAGCCGUCUCCGAGCUUCGAUCUCUUGGAAUUCAGGCUGUUGGUUUUGAGGGAGAUGUUCGUAAACAGGAAGAUGCAAAAAGAGUGGUGGAAUCAACUUUCCAGCAUUUUGGUAGGCUUGACAUACUUGUGAAUGCUGCAGCUGGCAAUUUUCUUGUAUCAGCAGAGGAUCUAUCACCUAAUGGAUUUCGAACAGUUAUGGAUAUUGAUGCUGUUGGUACAUUCACAAUGUGCCACGAAGCACUCAAGUAUCUUAAAAAAGGAGGGCCCGGAAGGGGCUCAUCUGGUGGUGGAACAAUAUUGAACAUCAGUGUUACUUUACAUUAUACAGCAGCUUGGUAUCAAGUCCAUGUAUCAGCAGCCAAGGCAGCUGUCGAUGCCACUAUGAGAAACUUGGCACUCGAGUGGGGAACUGACUACGACAUUAGGGUCAAUGGAAUAGCACCGGGUCCCAUUGGUGAUACACCUGGCAUGAGUAAACUUGCACCUAAGGAGAUAAAUAGCAAAGCUAGAGAUUACAUGCCUUUGUAUAAACUAGGGGACAAAUGGGAUAUUGCUAUGGCGGCUCUCUACCUUACUUCGGAUGCAGGUAAAUUCAUCAAUGGAACUGUCAUUGUAGUAGACGGGGGACUUUGGCUGAGCCGGCCUCGCCAUCUGCCAAAAGAAGCAGUGAAACAGCUUUCUCGAACAGUAGAGAAGAGAUCUAGAAAUGCACCAGUAGGGGUUCCAAGCAGCAAGUUGUAAGGCAUAGGAUAAGUACAUGACCAUUUGUACGGUUACCUCCAACGCUUAUAAAACUUAGUUCGCUGCUCAUAAGAAUUCCAACAGAGGAAUCCAUUUCCAUUAAAAAGGUCGUACCCAGUGCACAAGGCUCCCGCUUUACGCAGGGUCUGGGAGAGGUGAAUGUCGGCUAGCCUUACCCCCAUUUAUGGAGAGGCUGCUCCCAAGUCUCGAACCUGAGACCUACCGCUCAUGGACUAAGGCACUUGCCAUCGCACCAAGUGCGACCUCUAGAGGAAUCCAUUUCCAUUAAUUGUUAAUAAUUUUCAUGUACUUGGAUUACUGAGGAAUUUGGCGCCACCAGAUCGCAAACCUGAAUUCUUGUUAAAUUCAUUGACGUGUGAGAAAAUUACAAUAUCAAAGGUGUAGAUUAUUGCAUUGUAAA